AUGGCGGACACUAAACAAGACUUUGAAAAGAUCUCCUUGGAGUUCAGCAAUGCUCAAAGAAAUCUCAAUGAGUUGAUGACAGCUCGUUCCACAUUAGAAACACAAUACCAGGAAAACAAAAUUGUUUUAAGUGAAUUCGACCAUUUAAAUGAAGAUUCCAAAAUUUACAAGCUAACGGGCCCUAUAUUAAUGCCACAAGAUUACAGUGAAGCUAAAUUGAAUGUUAACAAAAGAAUUGAAUUUAUUGAAGGCGAAAUCAAAAGAGUAGAGACUAAAAUCGGAGAUGAAGAAAAGAAGAUUGAAGCUUACAGAGAAAAAUUGAUAGCUAUUAGAACCAAAAUGAAUUCGUAA